UUAUACUAUAUCAAAUUAAUGGCAAAAAAGUUGUCUCUUCAGUGCAUGAGGCUGCUAUAAAUAUAUAUAUACAACCAGAGUUGAUAUAUACAGAAUCCUGUAUUAAGUAUUUGGGUAAACAAGAAAAAGGAUAAAAAUGGUGAGUGGUCGGUUCUUCCUCUUCAUCUCACUAGUUGUGAUUGCUUCUCUUUCUCUCUCUUCCUCAGCUGCCUCUCCUAAUGAAUGCGUAUACAGUUUCUUCAUUCAAACCGGUUCGAUCAUCGGGGCCGGAACAGACUCCAACAUCACCGUCACAUUCGGUGAUUCCGCCGGAAAAUCUAUUCGGGUCAGGAAUAUAGAAAACUGGGGCGUAAUGGGCAAAACACACGACUACUUCGAGAGGGGAAGCCUCGAUAUAUUCACGGGCCGGGCCCCGUGUAUCGGAUCCCCCAUUUGCAAGCUCAAUGUGACUUCUAACGGGUCGGGUCCCCAUCAUGGUUGGUACUGUGAGUAUGUCCACGUCAGCUCCACUGGGCCCCACACUAACUGCAGCCAGUCGGUAUUCCACGUGGACCAAUGGUUGGCCUCAGAUGUUUCACCCUACAAAUUGUCCGCCGUUCUUGAUGGGUGCUCCAAGAAAGCCCAAUUGGAAAGUGGGCCUUUUGUAGUCAGAAAGCCCAUUACUUCUACUUCCGAGUGAUUUUAAUUUUUGUGUGAAAAUUGUGUGUCUAUGUGUGUGUGUGUGUGUGAGAGAGAGAGAGAGAGAGAGUUUUCUUGAGGUUUUGAUCAUGUUUUCAUUUUUUAUUACAAAAAACCCCUUGGAUGAUUACAACUACUCGCAAGUCGCAACUAUAAAUUUUCUUACACGUUCAUUAUUACGAUGUCAAAUUCAAUAUAAUAUUUUAGAUUCCGCGG